UAUAUCCAUAUUUUCAACCAUGAACUCAAAUAUGGAUAAUCACCAAGACUCACUAGUGUACACAGAUAAUUUUGAGUUGCAUGAUUUCAUUGAUGAUCCAAACUUUGAUCAAUUUAUAGAUUUAAUUAGAGGUGAGAAUGAAGAUGCAACAAUAUGUAACUUUGGUUCUGACCUUAUCAAUGAUUGUUUCAUUGAUAAUCAUCAACAACCUCUUUCAAUUCCACUAAACCCAUUACUUGAUCACAAUAACAAUAAUAUUAAUAAUAUUGUGAAUGUGUAUGAUCCAAGCUCUUCAACAAUUGGCUCCUUCUCUUGUUAUGAUGAGGAGAUUAAGGGAGAAGGAGAAAAUAAUGGUGAUGAUUCUCCGGCAACAACAACCACGAACUCGGUCGAUGAUGCCAAAUCUAGGGCUAAAACCGAUCGGUCCAAGACUCUCGUUUCGGAGAGGAGGAGGAGAGGUCGAAUGAAGGAUAAGCUUUAUGCAUUGCGUUCUUUAGUUCCCAACAUUACAAAGAUGGAUAAGGCCUCUAUAAUCGGAGAUGCGGUAUCAUAUGUGCAUGAUCUUCAAGCACAAUUUAGGAAGUUGCAGGCUGAGGUUUCAGGGCUUGAAGCAUCUUUAUCCAUGUCUGAAAAUUAUCAAGGAUCAAUUAACAACACCAUGAAUGUUAUUCAAAGCCAUCCCAUUUGCAAGAAAAUUAUCCAGGUGGAGAUGUUUCAAGUGGAGGAAAGAAGUUACUAUGCAAAAAUAGUAUGCAAUAAAGGAGAAGGUGUUGCAGCUUCAUUGUACAAGGCUCUUGAGUCUCUUGUGAAUUUCAAUGUUCAAAAUUCAAACUUAGAUACAAUUUGUGACACUUUUCUACUUACAUUUACAUUGAAUGUAAAAGGUUCUGAACAAGAAAUGAAUCUUCAAAAUUUGAAGCUAUGGGUGGCAGGAGCUCUUUUGAACCAAGGCUUUGAAUUCAUGCCAUCCUUUUGAUCCAUUGCAUGAAGUAUUAAUUUGGCGCGAAGAUCGUAGAAACCGAAUUUAAUUUCCUAUAAAAAUUAGACUAAAAAUUAAAAUUUGCAUUAGAUUUUGAGACUUUUCAGUGUUUAAUUGUUUCUAAUUUAAAUGCUUGAUUCAAGUGUUUUAAAUUAGUGAUAAAUAUUUUGUCAAAAAAAAAACAAAAUUAGUGAUAUAAAUUCCUCUUACUAUUAGCCAAGUAUGAAUAUUGACACAAGUGUGUGCCCAGUAUAACAAUAUUAUCUCUUAGAACUCAAAAUCAAUAUUUUCUCAUAAAUCUAAGUGCGAUGUUUCUAAGUUUUGGAUUGAAUGAUUAACGAGUUAUGAGUUUUUCUUCCGAUAUAUGUGUUAUGUAUUUAUGAAUUAAGAGCAUGUUUAUGAUUUGGUUUAAGUCGAAAUUGUGACGCCUCAAAUGAAAUGUUUGUUUUGAGACUUUUAUACUCUGAUUUUCCGUGUUAAUUGCGGGGUAGAUUUGGGGUGUUACAACUGACACCUGUAAGGGGUUAGCCAUCCAAGUAGCUACAAACAUGUUAAACUAACCCGAAUAACCGGCAUAAAUCCAAUCCCAUGCCAAAGAUUUUGCCACAAAUACUAUCUCCCGACACCCCUUCACCCCACCAUUGAACAAUAUGUCGUUUUUGACUAACCAAAUAGCCCGAACAACAAAAAACCAAAUGAUUAUACUACAAGGAUUAUUUAUGUCCCGCCUUCUUAUGACAAAAUAAAACCAUAAAAUAUGAUUAGAGAUGGAGAAACAGUAGGAUACAAAUUAACACCUACACAUUCUAAAACAGAAUUCCAAACUUCCACAACAACACAACAAGAUGAAAAGAAAUGAAUAUGUGUUUCUUCUGGAUCCAAGCAUAAAGCAUAGACAAAUUUAUGCACACCUGAUUAAACUCCUCUCUUUGCCAACUCAUCCUUUGUUUGAAGUCUAUAUUGAAGCAGUCUCCAUCCAAAAACUUGAAUGUUUGACGACGCCUUUGAUUUCCAAAUGAGCCUCAGAGUUUCCAACGUUCCAACACUUAA